AUGUACACCAUUCAAUAUGAGCUUCCGAGAUACGAUAUUUUUCUUAAAUUUCUUUAUAUAAUGAUGCAUUGGAUUCUAUCAAACAUUCCAUGGAAACGAUUGGUAUUUAUUUUAAUACUACAAGUUGCGGCUUACUUUUGUUUGGGGAAUAAUGGAUUUGGAUUGAUUUUAGUAUUGGGGAUUCUUGGAAUAAUCGUUUGUUUGAUGAUAGUUUUCAUUCCGCUUGACCUUGCAUUUAACGAAAUAAUUGAAGAAAUUCUUAUAUCCGAAUUUUUAGAGAAAAGGCCUUUCAAGGAAUCUUCUUUGAAGCGACAAGAAAUUUUAGAGGAAAUAUUAAGCAAUGUCAAUAAAAAGGUGAACCAUAUCUUGGGCGCCAACUACGGGUAUAUUAGCUCUUAUGAAAUGGUUCGUGGUUACAAGAGAAUCAUAUCUAGAUUUGAGGACAUAUUUGAUGAAGUUUACAAGGAGACUCCUAUUGAAGAAAUUCAAGGUUGGGAUCGAGUUUUAUUACUAGCAAAAACCGUGCAAGAUGAAGACUUGAGGUUCAUCUAUGAAGAUCUAGUCCCUCCGGAAUUGGCUAGUAAAUCAUGCGGAAUAAAAAGGCCAAUCAACUUCGUACCCAGUGAAUACGAGUUGAAUAGUGUUAAUAAAUCAAAAGAUGUUUCAAAUAAUGUUUAA